GACCCCUCUAAAAUACAUUGAGUUCAGAACUGUGAGAGGAAUGCAGAGAAUGUUCUAACCUCUCAUAUCCUCAAUUUUAUUGAUAUCGGUUUUUACAAUACCUCGGUUUCAAAUACUAAACGAUUGAUUGAAAAUAGAGAAGUCUAGUAUUCAGAAAAUUCUAUAAAAGUGCUUGAAUUGAAUUGUUGCGACAUUAAAUUUCACUAUCAUUUUACAUUUUCUAAACUAGGUUAGAAUCGACAGAAUGGCCGAACUUGAAAAACAAACGGAUUUGCGACUAGGACCUGAUCCUCAUGCCAUUUAUCCAAUUCAAGUGCAAUAUUGUGGAAAUUGUUCGCUUCCUAUAGAGGUGCUAUAUGUGAUCGACUGCAACUGGGCCGGUAGUGACUCCUUCUUUGCCUUAUAUCAGUCCUACUGUGAAUAUUAUCCUGAGUAUGAAAAAUGUAAGCAGUGGCUCGAAAGAAAUUUACCUUCAGAAUUCGAAAAAGUUAAACUGGUAGCUGAUGAAGGAACAACUGAAGUUGGGGGAGAAGAUGAAAAGAAAAGGCAAAAACGUGGUGGAAAAGGAAUGCUGAAAACGAAAAAGAAAGAUGAUAUUCCAAAGUUGGUUACCGUGUCCCGAGCUCCAAGAGGAAAGAAAAAAUCUGUAACAGUAGUUACUGGACUUAGCACGUUUGAUAUCGAUCUAAAAGUUGCAGCUAAGUUUUUUGGUAGCAAAUUCGCGUGUGGUUCAAGUGUGACAGGAGAUGACGAAAUCGUUAUCCAAGGUGACGUUAAAGACGAUUUGUUUGAAGUGAUUCCUGAAAAAUGGCCGCAGAUUGAUGAAGAUUCAAUAGAUGACUUAGGCGAUCAAAAGAGAUAAUGAGUGGAUGAAAUUUGUACUUUCACAAUAAUGCAGAGGCGUUUCUAAAUUUACGGUUUUGAAAGCUUUUUUUGUACACAUUGUUACUAGAGUAUUUUCUAUCCUCAAAGUUCAAAAACGUUAAUCUUAAUCAGUUACUUUAUCUUACUUGAUAUAGGCAUACUUUUUUCGAUAGUUAUUUGUGAACUAUUACCCUUUAAUUUAAUCUUAAUGUUUCUAAAAGAUAAUGUUUGAGCGUGCAAAUUGUUUGGUUAUAAACUAUUAAAGUUCAAAAUACUGUAGUAAAAACAAAAUUCUCAGUAAAUAGCAAAAGGUUAAUUACUUUUCAUUGAAUUACUCUUAUACAAUUAUACAUAUUUAUUAAAAAUCUGUAAAUAAACAAUUUAUGUUUAAGCAAAA